AUGUCCUUCCUGCCCGACUUCGGGAUCUUCACCAUGGGCUUGUGGUCUGUUGGUCUUGGAGCCGUUGGUGCAGCUGUGACAGGGAUCAUGCUUGCUAACACUGACUUAUUUUUGUCCAAGCCAGAAAAGGCUACGUUGGAGUUUUUAGAGGAGAUAGAGCUAAAAACUUUGGGAUCAGAACAAAGAACAUUCAAAGCAGGUGAACUGUGGAAGAAGAAUGGUGCAGUGAUCAUGGCUGUGCGAAGACCUGGAUGAUUUUUGUGCAGAGAGGAGGCUUCUGAGCUUUCCUCUCUGAAACCUCAGCUGUCCAAGCUGGGUGUCCCUCUCUAUGCUGUUGUGAAAGAGAAGAUAGGGACUGAAGUGGAGGAUUUUCAGCAUUAUUUCAAAGGAGAAAUCUUUCUGGAUGCAAAGAAAGGCUUCUAUGGUCCACGCAGACGAAAAAUGAUGAUGUCAGGCUUCUUCCGCUUUGGAGUCUGGCAAAAUUUUUUCCGUGCUUGGAAAAGUGGGUAUAGUGGUAACCUGGAAGGAGAAGGAUUCACCCUGGGAGGAGUAUAUGUGAUUGGGGCAGAAAGACAGGGCGUUUUACUGGAGCAUCGUGAGAAAGAAUUUGGAGACAAAGUCAGCCUUCCGUCUGUCCUUGAAGCUGCUGAGAAGAUAAAACCACAAGCUUCAUAA